GGUGGAAUAAAAAGAUGCCAUGCGGAAGUCGGCGUUCGCGAGUCGUCGAUUUCAAAUAAAAUUCGGCAUCACCGAGGAGGACGAGGAGGAGGUCCAAGCCGAUCUCGAAGAUGUCACAGCCAACAAACCCUCUCCCCCAACGAGCCAAGACAUCGUCCAAGAGCCGCCUGAGGUCAAGGCAGCAGCAGCAGAAGCAGAUCCAGAACUGCUGCUGCAGGCCGCCAGCCUCGUCGCACAGGAGGCGGUCGCGGCUACGAGCCCCGUAGUCGUCUCCGCUACCACCGCCGCCGUCGUAUCGAUCACCAACGAGGAAUGUCGCACCGUGGCCCUGGUGGCGGACAUGAUCGUCGGCAGGCCCAAACUGCCCGCCGCACCGACGAUCAGCAGUCCCCCGGCGGGCCGUCGUCAGACCAUGCCCGAGAUCUCGAGCGAGCACCUGUCGCGUUUCAGCGAGCACCGGCAAAAGUCGCUGCUGGGAGUGCCCGCGGAACAGUCGCGCCGGCCCAGCAUCACCGACGUGGCCAUAUGCUCGAGCAUCGGCCCGAGCCUCGCGGGCAUCUUUCCCGGCGCGCCCGGCGAUCUGUUCUCGGCCUCGGGCGUCGAUCCAGCCUCGUCGCCCCUGCUCAUCUCCACGCUGCGCCGUAGCUCGACCUACUCGGCUUUGAACGAGCCCAUCCACCUGGAGGAGGCGGUGCGCGACGCCCGCGGCCGUAGAUGGUCCGCGCGACUGCCCUUUCUGCGCGGCCUCUAUCAGGACUCGAGGGACUCGGGCGGCGAGAUCGAGAGCGCCGACGACGAUCAGCUGCAGCUGGCCCAGCAGCGGCCCAAGCACCAUCACCACUAUCAUCAUCAUCACCAUCAUCAUCAUCACUUGUUGCCCCACUUGCACGUGCCGACGUUCUCGGUGACGGACGGCGGUCCCGGCCAGGGUCGCAAGUUCAGUUUCGGCAUCAGGCGACACUCCCACGCGGUUUGUUGA